AUGGUACCAGAGGUGGAGGUGGAUCUCGGACGCGUGACGGACGCGCUGCUGUCGUGCUGCGGCGGGGGCCUGGAGCAGGUGCUGCUGGCGCCUGAGGACAACGAGCACUACUGGGUGACACUCGACGUGAUGCAGCUGGCGCAGGCCGACCCGCUGGUUGCAGACGCGCUCCUGAGGGCCCCAAAGUCCACCCUGAAGGCGCUGGAGGAGGCAGCAAGCGCCGCGCAGAAGGCGAUAAUGGAGUCCCACCCGGAGCCCGAGGCCUUAUCGCUCAAGCAAGUGGUCAACAUCAGGCUUCACGGCCUGCCCUACAGCCUGGACCCGAAGCCCCACGCCCUCAACCCUACGAUCGGCCGCAUCGGGUCUAGCCACAUCGGGCGGCUGAUCACGGUGUGCGGCACGGUGGUCAAGACGGGGCCCGUCAAGAUGUUUGAGUUCCAGCGGCUGAUGCGCUGCAACCGGUGCAAAGUCGAGUUUUUCAUCAAGUUUGACCCGGAUGACAUGUCGCGCGUCGACAUGCCGUCAGAGUGCCCUGGGGGCAACUGCAUGGGCACAAACUUCCUGCCUGUCGACGGCGCGGACACCCCAGGGGCACGCAGGCCGUUCACGAACAUCCAGGAGGUGCGGCUGCAGGAGCGGCUGCAGUGCCUCGACGCCGGCAGCGUGCCCAGCGCGAUCGGCCUGCUGCUGAUGGACGAGAUGGCGGACAGCUGCCAGGCCGGCGACGACGUGGAGGUAACCUGCGUGGUGGUGGCGCGCUGGCGCCCGCUGUACCCGGGCAUGCGCUGCGACGCCGAGCUGGUGCUGCGCGCCUGCCACAUGCGCGUGGACGAGCGGGCGCCGCGGCCGAGGCAGCUGAUGGGCGUCGACCUGGAGCACCACUUUGAGUGA